AUGGCACCUGUCGAUAUCGGUGUUUUUAUUCCCAUUGGCAACAAUGGUUGGCUCAUCUCGACCACCUCGCCGCAAUACAUGCCCAGCUUUGAGCUGAACAAGCAGAUUGUGAGCAAGGCGGAAAAGUACAACUUUGACUUUGCCCUGUCCAUGAUCAAACUGCGGGGUUUCGGUGGCAAGUCCGAGUUCUGGGACCACAACCUCGAGUCGUUCACGCUCAUGUCGGCCCUGGCAGCCGUGACCACCAAGAUCAAGCUGUUUGCUUCGACGGCCAUCCUGACGCUGCCCCCGGCGCUGGUUGCCCGCAUGGCGUCGACCGUUGACUCGAUCGCGCCGGGCCGCUUUGGCGUCAACAUUGUCACGGGCUGGCAGAGCGCCGAGUACACACAAAUGGGCCUGUGGCCGGGCGACGCCUACUUUGGCUACCGCUACGACUACGCCACCGAGUACGUGCAGGUCAUGAAGGACCUGUGGAAGGACGGCGUGUCCAACUUCCAGGGCAAGCACUUUAAGAUGGACGACUGCAAGCUGUCGCCCAAGCCGGCGCACGACAUCAAGAUCGUGGCCGCCGGCCAGUCGGGCCGCGGCGUCGAGUUCGCGUCAAACUAUGCCGACUUCAACUUUGCCAUGGGCACGGGCAUCAACACGCCGACGGCGUACAAGGACGCCACCAGCCGGCUGGUCGAGGCGGCCGACAAGACGGGCCGCGACGUGGGCUCGUACGUGCUCUUCAUGGUGAUUGCCGACGAGACGGACGAAAAGGCCCAGGCCAAGUGGAAGCUGUACAAUGACGGCGUCGACCACGAGGCCCUGUCGUGGAUGAGCAACCAGAGCUCCAAGGACACCAACGCCGACGCCAACUCGACGGCCAAGAACAUUAGCCUGCCCGAGGGCGCCGUCAACCUCAACAUGGGCACCCUCGUCGGCUCCUACGAGACCGUCGCCCGCCUGCUGGACGAGGCCGCUUCGGUCCCCGGUACCAAGGGUAUCAUGAUGACCUUUGACGACUUCCUGGUCGGUAUUGAGAACUUUGGCCAAAAGAUCCAGCCCUUGAUGAAGAGCAGAGAGGGAAAGUGCUAG